CGGGAGCGGAAGCGGCGGCCGCGUGCGGGAGGCGGCAUGGCGGCCCCCGGCAGGAGGAAGCUGGCGGAGCUGAGCCUGGAUGAGUUCCUCGCUGCCGGCUCGGACUCGGAGCAUGACGGCGGCUGGGAGGAGGAGGAGGAGGAGGAGGAAGGCGGCCGGGCCCUUAACGGCGCCGUGAGGCAGCGGCGGCCGAGCGGGAGAGCGGCGCAGGGGCUGCAGGCACGGCCGGGCAGCAGGAAGAAGGGAAAGGCGUCUGAGCACAAGGAUCAGCUCUCCAGGCUGAAGGACAGAGAUCCCGAGUUUUACAAGUUUCUGGAGGAGAACGACCGCAAGCUGCUGGAUUUUGAUGCCUCAGACAGCUCUGAGGAGGAGGAGGCCCUGCACAGACCCCCCGAUACCCUCGAGGAAGCCAGUGACGAAGACGAUGAUGAUGAUGAUGAAGAGCAAGAAAAAGUCAAAAAGAAGAAAGUUUCCUUCAUCCCUGUGAGCUUGAAGAUGGUGGAGGAAUGGAAGAAAGCUGCCCAGAGGAACCUCAGCCCAAAACUCUUCCACGAAAUCACCCAAGCCUACAAGGCAGCCGUGGCCACCACCAAAGGGGACAGUGGCGGGGACCCCAGCAAGUUCCAGGUGUCUGACACCGCAGUGUUCAAUGCCCUGGUGUCCUUCUGUAUCCGGGACCUCUUCCAGCACCUGCACAAGCUGCUGCUCCCCAAAGCCCCCAAGAACAAACUCAAAUUGGUUCUCCCAUCCACCAGCCCCCUCUGGGGAAAGCUGCGACUGGACAUCAAAGUUUAUCUGGGCUGUACCAUACAACUGCUGUCGUGCCUGACGGAGGCCUCAGUGAGCGCAGCAGUCCUGCAGCACGUGAACUCCACAGUUCCAUAUUACCUGUCCUUCCCGAAGCAGUGCCGGGCCCUGCUCAAGCAAACCAUCACUCUGUGGAGCACAGGGGAGGAGACAGUCAGAGUCCUGGCCUUCCUGGUGCUGAACAAGAUCUGCAGGUACAAGAAGGAGGUUUACCUCAGCCCCCUGCUCAAGCAAAUGUACAUUGCCUUUGUGAAGAACUCCAGGUUCACCUCUCCCAACGUGCUGCCCAUGAUCAACUUCAUGCAGCGCACGCUGACGGAGAUGCUGGCCCUGGACACGCAGAGCUCCUACCAGCACUCCUUCAUCUACAUCCGCCAGCUGGCCAUCCACCUGCGCAGCGCCAUGACCCUCAGGAAGAAGGAGAACUUCCAGGCAGUCUACAACUGGCAGUACAUCCACUGCCUGUACUUCUGGUGUCGCGUUCUCAGCACCAUCCACCCCAGUGAGGUGAUGGAGCCCCUCAUCUACCCCUUGACACAGGUCAUUAUCGGCUGUAUCAAGCUGGUGCCAACGUCUCGGUUCUACCCCCUGCGCAUGCACUGCAUCCGUGCCCUCACCCUGCUGUCCCAGAGCACCAGGACCUUCAUCCCUGUGCUGCCCUUCAUCCUGGAGGUUUUCCAGCAAGUGGAUUUCAACAAGAAGCCAGGACGGAUGAGUUCCAAACCCAUCAACUUUGCCGUGAUCCUGAAGCUCUCCAAUGCCAACCUGCAGGAAAAGGCCUUCAGGGAUGGACUCAUUGACCAGCUCUAUGACCUGAUUCUGGAGUAUCUCCAUGGCCAAGCCCACAGCAUUGGCUUCCCAGAGCUGGUUCUCCCCACUGUCAUCCAGCUGAAAUCCUUCCUGAAGCACUGCAAGGUUGCCAACUACUGCAAGCCCAUGCGGCAGCUGCUGGAGAAGGUGCAGGAGAACUCGGCCCACAUCUGCAGCAGGAGGCAGCGAGCGACGUUCGGCGUGGGCAGCAGCCAGGCUGUGGAGCAGUGGGAGAAGCAGGUGAAGGAGGAGGGGACACCCCUGACCAAAUACUACACUCAGUGGAAGAAGCUGAGAGAGAAGGAGAUCCAGCUGGAAAUCAGUGGCAAGGAAAGGCUUGAGGACUUGAACUUCCCAGAAAUCAAGCGCAGGAAGCAGGAGGAGAGGAAGGAGGAGGAUAAGAAGGAAUUCAAGGAUCUCUUUGAGCUGGACAGUGACUCUGAGGAGGAGAACGGUGGAUUCUCUGUGAAAGGGAAAGGCAGAGCCAGGCAGGCCUCAGAUGACAGCUCAGAAGCCAGCAGCAAGGAGUUCGGGGAGGAGGACGACGAGGAAGAAGGAAAUUACGAAGUGGAGGAGGACGAGGAAGAGCUGGAAGAGGACAGCGAGUCCGAGGAGGAAGGUGGGGAAGGAGCCCGGGAUUCCCGGCAGAGGAGGAGCCACCCCCAGGGGCUGUCCCGCUGCGACCUGGAGCAGCUGGCGCGGGGCGGGGACGACGUGGUGCGGGACCUGGAGUUCUCUGAUGAGGAUUGAGCACCUGCAGCCCCUGGAGCCGGGAGCGAGGUGGGAGCAGCCCCAGGUGCCACCCAGGACCCGCCCGGUGACGCAACUCAGCUCGGACUUUUCCAGCUUUUUCUGCCAGUUCUGCUUUUUGGUACCAAUAAAACCGCGGCCAAGUCAAGGCCAGUAAAAACUGCUCAGCAGAUGGAAUUAAAGCCCCUCAUUAAAAUC